UGAAAAACAGGUGACGUGACAUUUAGCUGGGGGGGAGGCUGAGAUCCAAAUAACCAAUCAAUGUUAUUUGUUAUGAAUGCAUUGUUAGGGGAAGGGCAAAAGUUUUAUGCAACCAUCCUUUGACUAUAAAAAUUGCUCUAAGAUUCUCAUCAAGGCCCUUUGGUUAGCUUUUGAGCCAGGGUCCUUAUAUCUUGGUACCAAAAUAAAAGCAUAAUUUUGUACUGAUGACUUGUGUCCGGUGACUUAUCGGCUUCGAUACCAAGAGCCCAGUUUUGGGGACAACAACAUCUCCAUCUCCUCCUCCCAUUUGCCCUUCUCAGGAGCUGCUCCAAAGACAGCUGGCUCCAGAGGGAAGCCUCCUCCUGGGAGAAGGAAGGGGCCAUUUGUUCAAGUGGAACCCAAGAACAGGAGCAGCUGGUGAGCUCCCCGCAGCUGUUGUUCUCCACCAAAGAAGAGACCUUGGUGCCAGCUGCCUUCUCUCCCCAGCACACCCAGGGCCUGGCUUUGGCUUCUCAGUCUCUCGGGCAGCCCUCGGGGUAGGAGCUGCUCUCCUCCCAAUGGGCUCUUUAGCUGCCAAGUUGCUCCUGCCCACCGUUAGCAGCCUGGCCUUCCUCCCCACCAUCAGCAUUGCAGCCAAGAGGCAGUUUCACAUGGAGGCCAUGGUCUACUUCUUCACCAUGUUCUUUGUCCUGGUCUGCCAUGCCUGUGAAGGCCCCGGGCUCACCUUCCUUUGUUUCAUGAAGUACGAUCUCCUGCAAUACUUCAGUAUCUUUGGAACCGCCUUAUCCAUGUGGGUCUCACUGAUAGCUCUGGCAGAGUUCGAUGAACCCAAACGAUCAACUUUGGUGAUGUUUGGAGUGCUUACCAUAGCUGUCAGGAUCUACCAUGACCGGUGGGGAUACGGUGUCUACUCUGGACCAAUCGGCACAGCCGUUCUCGUGAUAACGGUCAAAUGGCUGCAAAUGAUGAAGGAGAAGAAAGGGCUGUAUCCAGAUAAGAGCAUCUACACGCAGCAGGUUGGGCCCGGCUUCUGCUUUGGGGCCUUGGCUUUGAUGCUGAGGUUUUUCUUUGAGGACUGGGAUUACACCUACGUGCAUAGCUUCUAUCACUGUGCUCUGGCCAUGUCGUUUGUCCUCCUCCUGCCUAAAGUGAACAAGAAAACAGGCAACGGGGCAGCCCCUGCAAAACUGGACUGCUCAACUCUUUGCUGCUGCGUGUGAGGGAGGACUUGGCCCUUGGAGUGAAGGAUGAAGGGACCUUGUCCAGGCCUGCAGAUACAGCUAAAAGCAGCACCACGGGCACUGUUUGGUAUGCCUGAAUUUUGCAGCCUAUCCAGUUCUGAAUUACUGGGCCCUCUAUCAACAGCGUGCUUGGCUCAGCUCAAAAGUUGAGCAGGUCUGCUUUGUUCUUAAGUGAUUCGAAUGGUAAGGCCUCAGGUUGGCUUCUGAAGUACCAGUUGCGUAUAAAUCUAUUAAAGGAAUAGUGUCCUACGUUACAAUGCUUCUCUUUUACCUUUGCAGGCCAGAGUUAAACACACCAGGUUGCUGAAAGACAUGGUUUCCUUCCGAGGACUGGCCCCAUCAAUUAACACCAGUGUCUGCAGUGCCUUAAUCAACACUUAUUCUUCUGCUCUGAGAGGUGCUUUGGAACAGGGGUCUCCAACCAUGG